AUGUAUAAUUUAUGUGGGUCCUUACUUGAUAGAUGGUAUAAUGUCAAAUUUAAUUUGACUUAAUAUGUUUAUGACAUAGAUAAGUAGUUAAGAUAAAAGGAUAAAGUCAUUUAUAUUUUAAAUGAAACUAUAAAAAACGAUGUUGGUAUAGAAGUAAGAAAACUUUCAUUUAUUUUAAGCAAAGAAUAGAAAAAUUGAAAAAGACUUGUUCAUAAAUCCUUUGGUUUUCUUAUAGGAAAAAAAUUCCAUAAUUUUAAAGUUUUAUUUACUUUCCUAUUUUUAAGUCAGUUCCUUCACUUCAGAUACAGGCUGGGGAUGCAUGAUUAGAGUUGCUCAAAUGGCAUUAGCUUAAGUUAUAAGGCAUUAUCAUUCUUUCACUUAGCCUGAAUAAUUGAUAGUUUUAAUUAGACAUUUUAUAGAUGAUGAUGAUGAUGAAAUGAUUGAUUUUAUUAAGUAAACUAAAUAGAACUAAGUCGAAUAUUAUCAUGCUCCAUUUUCUAUUUAAAAAAUUGUUUAUCAUGCAAAAAUUGAAUUUAAAAAAGAACCUGGAGAUUGGUAUAAACCUAAUGAAAUACUUGAAAUUUUAAAUUACUUAUUUAAAUACUCUUAAUGUAAAUAGAAUUUUCAUAAUAAGACUCCGUAAACAUGUAAAUCUAUAUAAAUUAUGAAUGUGCUUUUAUUCUCUAGGAUGUAAUACAACAAAUGUUUAAUUAUGAUAAAGGUAAUUUAGAAUGGUUAAAAGAAUGUGUUAAAAAUAAUAUUCAAUAAAAUUAAUAAGAUGAUAAAGGUAUUGGUAUCUUUCUUCCUGCUCGAAUUGGCCUCUAAAAUGUUAAUAAAGAUUAUUUGAAAGUCUUGAAUCAUUUAAUGACUUUACCUUAUUUUUAAGGUAUUAUUGGAGGAGUUUCGAAUAAAGCCUUCUAUAUUGUAGGAAGAAUUCAAGAUUAUCUUAUUUACUUGGAUCCUCAUUUUGUGUAAAAUGCUUAGAAUUUUGAAGAUCUUUCAAAAAAUCAAGCUUCUUACUCUUGUUAAAAUAUUUAAUUAAUACACAAUUAAAUUAUUGAUCCAUCUAUAGUUGUAUGUCUAUGUAUUCGUAAUGGACUUGAAUUAUUGGAUUUAUGGAAUUCAGUAUUUAUAAUAAUUAUUUACUAAUAGCUUAAUCAUUUGAAAUAAGAAUUCUAAGAACUUUUUUUUAUUUCACUUUUGGAAACUAAUACUGAAUUACAAAUAUGUGAAUCCUUUCAAUAUUUAGAUGAAAAUCAUGAAUUAGUAAACAUUCUAAAAUGA